CAUCCGUCUUUUUGGUCCCGUGACACGGCUGUAAUUGUUAGCAGUCAGCAAGAAACGUCGCGGUGUGGUAAAUGAUAUGUUAUUUGUUCUAUGAGCAGUCACUUUCGCCAUUGAUAUAACGUCUGCUGAAGCACGAUGUUAUCUCGUCUAUUGAAGGAGCACCAGGCGAAGCAAAAUGAGCGGAAGGAGCUGCAGGAGAAACGCAGACGUGAAGCAAUUGCUGCAGCCACUUGUUUGACAGAAGCCCUGGUAGACCACCUCAACGUUGGAGUUGCACAGGCAUAUGUAAACCAGCGAAAGCUUGACCAUGAGGUUAAGACUCUCCAAGUGCAGGCAAGCCAGUUCUCCAAACAAACUGCUCAGUGGAUCAGUAUGGUGGAGGGUUUCAAUCAAGCAUUAAAGGAAAUUGGAGAUGUAGAAAACUGGGCACGCAGUAUUGAGAUGGACAUGAGGACAAUAGCAACAGCGCUGGAGUAUGUACACAAGGGUCAGCUUCAGUCUGCUUGCUCAUAAACCAUGAACGUGUACGUGUUGGACAUUUGCAAGUGAAACUGAAUACACUGGAAUAAUAUUUAAAUCUACUUGAGUUGACCCCUAUCAGCGAAUAUGUGUUUUGCCUUUGUCAGCAGUUUCUUUGCUUGUCUGCACUCCCCUCUAAGAAUCAGAAUUCUGCUGUUUUAACAAUUAAAUGCACAUGUGCAGAAAUUAUGUUGUUGUGUUAGCAGCAGUGUUGGAGGUGCUUAAAUAUUAACUAUAAAUACUAUAAAUAUUUAGAAUAGAAUAGUUCAUGUACAAGGGGGGGGGCUCACCUGUGUCACCUGUGGCCCUACUUUUUCUGAAACAGGAGAAUCUGGCAAUGGCCUCCAGGGGUGGAAGAGGAAUCAUUUUUGGGGCAGUGUUAAUUACCCUUUGCAUAGCCUUGUGGUCCUUGUGUACCUGAUGAGUCCAGGUUAUUCUUCCUCAGGACACAGUCGUGUGCACAGGGCAUACAUACAGUAGGGGGCUAAGAACACAGCCCUGCAGGGAUCCUGUCACUCCAUGUGGUGAGUGACAGUAGGCGAUAGAGGUGGGGGCCGAGUCAGACAAAUUGGUUCACUACAUUGCCUGAUUUGUUGAAUAAAAGGGGAAAAAGUUAAGUAACAUUGUUGUAAAGAUUCAGUUCACCCCUUUGCAAUAGGUUGAAGAAACAACAGACAUAAUAAACACCGGUUACCUUUAUUUAGUAUAUCCAAAAAAAGCAUUUUGUUUUAUGGCUUUCUUUUCUGUGCCUGAUACCUGAAUGAUGGUGUAGGUGUUACAUGUCUAUAUAGAGUGAGGCCUGUACUGUCUGUUUUAGACCACAUAAUUUCAGAUGUUGUUAAUGAUGGAAAAAUAUUUUAAUAAAGUUUAAAAAUCUUCA